UUGACGCGCAAUUAAAGAACGUUGACGUCGCUGCUGUGCAGCUGCCCGAUCGAGUCGCGUCCUAAGUCUGACGUCAGUUGUAGUGGGGCAUCAUCUCAAUGAAAAGCAACGUGGGGCGACUUUCAGACACCAUCACCAACGAUUGAAUUCUACUUACUCGAAAACUCAAAGAAGCACCUAAACUACACCUACCAACCAACACAACGUGACUCCAAACCAAUACUCAAGAUGUCUGCUCAACAAGGUGGCCGCCAGUCCCCCGACCCCGAGCACCAGUCGGAUGCGCAGCAAGGCUCGACCUCAGACAACGUCAACAAGCAGGGCGGCGCACCAAAGGAGGGAAACGCUGAGCAAGUCAGCGAUGACCACAAGGCGGGACUGAGCUCGAACCCUACGCACCCGCUUGCGAAGCAUGCAGAGGAGACUACUAGCAAGAAGGUUUAGGAGAGCUGGAAGAGCGAUUCAUGGAAUGAGGACAGCUGUAUAAGGGCAAGCGGAAGAAUUGAAAUUGUCUUCUGCUACGAACCUAUGUCCCCAGACAGGACAUUAAGAAGUUGUCUCUAGAUUCAAUAACAUAGCCAAAAUGAAGGCGAUGACUUGACGUCAUACACGGAAUUAUUUCGAUUGUGAACAAACUAAGCUUGCUGUAUACUUUGAUGCAUGACCUACGAGCAUAAUCGUAUUAGUUGAUUACUUC